AUGGGGAUAUAUAAGAACUGGAGAGAGCUUCCGCCUCGCUGUCCCAUGGAUUCUUAUGGGAGCCGCUCAAUUGUGCGAGGAGACGAUUUAUGGAGGCUGCCUUGUUUGACUAGUACGGGGCUUUUUGGCAUUCAGAUGGAGCUAUUUUGGUACCAGAGCAUGCGCACUGGAUACCUAUACGGAGCUGAACAUCUGCACACCAGUGAGCAGCAGUAUGAUGCAGACAGGAGUGUGUCUCAGACAGGACACUGAGACAACACUACCAGAGCUCACUGAGCAGCACAGGAUCAGACUGAAAGAAGAGGAACUUGGUGGACUGGUCCACAUGGCAGAGUCAGAGACGUGUGCUGCAGCAGGACUCAACACUCUGGAGCCAGUGUGUGUUACAUUACACAGAGGGGUCAGUGAUGUACACCAUGCACACACAUCACUGAUUAAAACAGAAACUGAUCUGGGCUUCACCCACCCUGGGGACCUUAUUAAGAAAGAGACGCUAGACAGUGCAGAGCUGGGAUAUGUAACCCAUCUGCAUCCUGACCAAAUCAAAACCGAGACUGAUGAUGGAGGAUACCUUCAGGCAGAACACAUCAGUGACUUGAAGAAUAUUAUAUGUGUUCAUUUGGAAUCUGAUGAAUUGAAGUGUGAAUCCAGUGACAGUUCAGUGAGUGAUUUCAUGAAGACUAUGAUGAAUGGAGCUGCAGGUGAUCACAAAGCCAAGACAGAACCAUCACAAUGUGCAGGAGAGCCAAAUCCAAACUGUAAGAAGGAAGAAAUGCAUGAUCCACUGAUCCAGUGUGGGGACUUAAAUCACCACUGUCACAUAAACGGUGAGAACAGUCAGACCAGAAUUGCCCAAAAAAGUAGAAACCGGACCAACAAGCAUAUUAAUUGCCAGGGAACGAGUGAGAGAACUGAACCCAUGAUAACCAAUUCAAGUGAUAUCCCAAGCCUUUUGAAUCUCUUUCAAAUGGAGGCAAAUCAUAGAAGUGAACGUCAAAUUAAUUCCGAUGAAAAGCCAUACAAAUGUACAUGGUGUGGGAAGUGUUUUAAUUUAAAAUCUGGUUUAAAUAGACAUCUGACAGUUCAUACAGGUGAAAAGCCCUACAAAUGUACUCAUUGUGGGAAGUGCUUUCCCAGAAAAUGUUAUUUAAAUAUCCACCAGAGAACUCAUACAGGUGAGAAGCCGUACAAUUGUACUCUGUGUGGAAAGUGCUUUUCCACACAAUCUAAUUUAAAUAGCCACAAGAUAAUUCAUACAGGUGAGAAGCCCUAUGAAUGUACUCAUUGUGGGAAGUGCUUUUCCAUAAAAAGUUAUUUAAAUAUCCACCAGAGAACUCAUGCUGGUGAGAAGCCUCACAAAUGUACUCUGUGCGGAAAGUGCUUUUCCAGACAAACUAAUUUAAAUAGCCACAAGAUCAUUCAUACAGGUGAAAAGCCGUACAAGUGUACUCAUUGCGGGAAGUGCUUUUCCAUAAAAAGUUAUUUAAAUAUCCACCAGAAAACUCAUGCAGGUGAGAAGCCCUACAGUUGUACUCAGUGUGGAAAAUGUUUUUCCACACAAUCUAAUUUAAAUAGCCACAAGAUAAUUCAUACAGGUGAAAAGCCCUACAAGUGUACUCAGUGUGGAAAGUGCUUUUCCAGUAAAUGGCUUUUAAAUCGCCACCAGAUAAUUCAUUCAGGUGAAAAAACCCUGUGAGUUGCCUUUCCAACAUACACUCACCCACCAAUUUAUUAGAAACACUUUAUUACGCCUACUUAUUCAUGCAAAUAUCUAGUCGGCCAAUUGUGUGGCAGCAGUGCAAUGCAUACAAUCACGUAGAUAGGGGUCAGGAGCUUCAGUUAAUGUUCACAUCCACCAUCAGAAUUGGGAAAAAAUAUGAUCUAAGUGACUUUGACCAUGGAAUGAUUGUUGGUGGCAGACAGGGUGGUUUGAGGAUCUCAGAAACUGCUGAUCUCCUGGGUUUUUCACACACACUAGUCUCUAAAGUUUGCAAAGAAUGGUGCAAAAAAAUGAAAUAUCCAGAGAGCAGCAGUUCUGCAGACAGAAAUACCUUGUUAAUGAGAGACGUCAGUGGAGAAUGGCCAGACUGGUCAAAGCUGACAGGAAGGUGACAGUAAUGCACAUAACCACACAUGACAACAAUGGUAUGGCAAAGAGCAUCUCUGAACACACAACGCAUCAUAACUCUCAGUGGAUAGUCUACAGCAGUAGAAGUCUAAAUACUAAGUCUAAUAAAUACUGAAUAAAGUGCUCAGUGAGUGUAUAUCGCAAUUAAAUGAUCACCUGAUCAUUCAUACCAGUGAAGAGCCCCACAAAUGUACUCAUUGUGGGGAAGUGCUUUUCCAGGCAGUAUGAUUUAUUUCAGACUUACUAAAAUCCCUACAUGGUGUGCAAAGUGUUUUAUCAUCAAAUCAAAAAACUUAAGCAAUGUGUUAAACUUCACACCAUGUACUCUGGUGUGAAGUCUGCUGUUGCCCAACCGAUUUAGCAGGCACCAAAUGACAACCUCAGAUGUAAAGAAGUGUCUUCCCUAUAACAUGUUAAAGAAUCUGAGUUCAUGCUUUUCCAAAUUACGGUUUAGGACAAUAGUAAUUGCAUAUUUAUUUAUUUUGUACCUUAUUUGUAAGUGUUCUGAUAAUAAGAUAACCAUAGCAUUAUAUUUGUUUUUGAAGAAGAUAAGUGUUUUUAGAUAUGGUGGGGGGGCCAAUGUGGGUCAGCUUUGGGCCUCUGUCUUUUGAAUGGCUGGCUCAGGACCAAACCACAUUCAAACACUCGUAUAGGUCAACAUGCAUUAAAAAAUUGUUCAAAUCAGAAGGUGAUUGAUUUCUAAUGGAAUGCCCUAUACCUUUUCUCAGUAAAUAAAUUAAUGGUAAUUUUAAAAAUGUCCCCAUAUUCUGCGUUUACUCUGUAUCCUUUGGUCUAUUGCACAUUUUGUCUUAAGAUCUGAAACUAUAUUGUGUGACAAAAACAGUAAUGGAGGAAAUGAGGAAGGGAGCAAAUACUUGUUCAUUACACUGUAUAUUGUGAAUGUCCACAUGCAAAAGGGUUUUAUGCUAUGUACACAUACAUACACAUAUUUAUGAACUAUAUGUGUUACUGCUUUCUUCUUUUCUCCCGUUUGUAGUUUACUUCCUGC